UAUUAAUAUAUAUACGCCAAUCAAUUCAACAUUUGGUAUCUUGUUCGUCAACAUGGGCUGUACUUCCGGCUGUUUUAAGUGUUUCCUCAACAUUCUCAACACGCUCUAUGCGCUCUUUGGCCUGUUGAUAAUAGGUAUUGCCACGCUGAGUCUGAGCCAGGCGCCGACUGCAUAUAUUAUCUAUCUGUAUGUCGUUGGCGGGGUUCUGUUUGCAUCGUCUAUUAUCGGCUGCUGCGGCAUCUGCCAGGAGAGUGUUUGCCUGACCACAACGUAUGGAUUCAUCUUGUUGGCAUUGCUGAUUGUGCAAUUGUUUGGCUUGUUUGGGAACAGCUUCGAUGAGGAUUACAUUAAACGCUAUGCGGUCGAAGAUGUCGAUGUCAAAUGGAAACUGGAGAUGAUCGAGCCCGGUGCCAUGGAUAAAAUACAGCGUACCUACGAGUGCUGCGGACGCAAUGGACCCGAUGACUAUGUGAGCAUAGAUCGUGCUACAUUGUCGGACAGUUGCUAUCCCGAUGGAAAAACCAAUAUACCCUACUUUACCACGGGCUGCGUAAAUGCCGCUGCCGACGAGUUCUUGAGAUUCUUUAAUUAUGCUGAUAAUAGUAAAUGGGGCUCAUUUGCAGUCACGGCUCUCUUGUGCUUCUGCACUUUCUAUUUGGUGCAACGUUUUCGCAAGGAACGCCAAAGAUACACGUAUCAUUAUUAAGACGAACUGAUUUUUAUGCUCGUUCACAAACGCGAAAAGAGUAUAUUCGGUUUGUCGUAUGUCUGUCUGUCCGCCAAUAUGAAUGCAAAUUUUCACCGGAAACUAAAGACUUAAAAUUGAAAUAUAUUUUAGUCACAGUGUUAACAUUGUAUAGCCAGGUCUCACUAGGGGCUGGUGAUAAUAUAGAUUCUAUAUAUCCCAACUUUUUAAACAAAGAUCUAACCAAAAAUCUGUAUCUUCCAUGGAAUGACAAAAUUUGAUAUAAUAACUAUCGACGAGCGCUGAAGAUCGAUAAGAAAAUGGGCAAAAUCGAUAACAUUUGAAAAUUUCUCAUUUUUUGAGUGGGAGCGAGCAUUAAGCAGUCGGUUACAGCCGACUGCCGCAUUCUCCUUCUUACCUCCUCUAAAGAUCUAAACAAAUAUCUAUAUCUUCCAUGGAUUCACAAAAUUUGAUAUAAUAACUAUCGACGAGUGCAGAAGAUCGAUAGGAAAAUUAACAAAAUCGAUAACAAUUGAAAAGUGUGAACGAGCAUUAAGCAGUCGGUUACAGCCGACUGCCGCAUUCUUAUUUGCUUAUUGUGUUUAAUUAUCUCAAAUAUUUACAACUUUUCGAACUGGAAUCUAAUUUGUUUUGAAAAUUUGUCAACAUUAUUUUUAGACACUUACAAAUAAACUGCUGAUGGUAGUAAAUGCACAGGGUA